AUGAACACCACCAUUCAAGAAUUGACUUGCAAAUCAGUCGAGCUCGACGGCUUCGGCUCCACCGCCGACGACGCUUGGUUCGAUUACCACACUGCACCUAUGGACGGCGAGGAGGAAACCGGGGCGCAUCUCCAUCAAAUUGCGGCUUUCAAAGCGUACAUAAAAGGCGACUCCACACCAUCCGAGACAGCUGCCAUCAUGACCAAGCCUCAUGAUCCCGACGAGAGGACCGACAUACAACGCCGCGUACUGGGCAUAAUCGAAGACGCGCUUUUUGAGCUGCCUGAGAGCAACACACCCGCCAUCGUCAACCUGAUAAAAGAAAUUAGCCAGGACGGCGACCCAUCCUGGCUCAAAGACUUUGGCGACUCGUGGUCAGAUGAAUGGAAGCAGAGCCACUGGCGUAAAUCGUUGGCGGAUCGGGAUCCAGCCACGAGAGCGAAGAGGCGCGAGGCCCACGUGCACCUCGCUUUUGUGGAGGCAUCUUGUGCAAUGGCUGCUCCAGGACUGGAUCCUGAAGAUGGUAUCUUGCCACUGAGCUGGGGCUAUGAGUGCAUCUCCGAGGCGCUCGAAUGCCAGGAUGCAGUGUGGGACUUCGAAGUACCUGCUGCGGCGGUGUGGAUCAAGAUAGCCGGGGAAAGACUUAGAGAGGGCGCUAGGAAAGGUGACGAGACCUGGGCGUUAGAGGAAGAGGGGAGGCUUUGGUUGCCGGGACCGAUGAGCAUGGAUCGGUGGAAUUUCUGGUUGGAAAGACUCGAGGAGAUUGAGAGAAUUGGUAAGGUCAUCUCGACAACGGCGAGUGAAGCCGUGCGGGAUGCUAGAGCCCAGGUUAAAGAGUACUUGAUGGCUUAG